GCUUAUUAAAAAGGAAUGAAACCCCUUUAUGGUGUUGUUUUCUUAGGCUGUACAUAGACAUAGACUCGUUUUGUGACAUUUAUAAAGUAUUUAUUAGAUUUCUUUUACACCCUAUUGUACAGUUAUUCUAUUUUUUAAAGCAUUAUAUACAAUAAUAUAAUAACAUUUUGCUCCGCUUUAGUGUAUUGUCCAGUAUCUUCGUUUGAACGAAGGUGCAUUUUUAAUUGUAAAAAAUGACGCUGCAAUUACGUGAUUACGUAAACAAAACAGAAUCAUUUUUCAUCGGUUCACUGAAGCGAUUUGUUUGAAAGAGCCGAAUCUUGGAAUGACUCGGACUUCUCUUCACUAGCUUGCUGUAACGCUCCUCCCUAUGCGUGACUGUAUAGGAGUCAUGUGCGGAUUUGGUCCUCUGGGCCACCGUAGCGUCUGUCACAACAGGAAGUUUACGUUAGUGAGUCUUGAAGGUACCUACUUGGCCCAACGCUAGACUGCACAGGAUACAAGAUACCGCACUUAAAAAUAUAUAUAUAUUACACGUACUGGCAUUUAUGCGCACUGUAUUAAUGUAACAUUAUAAGCAUGACUGCGGAGUUUUUAGUGCUGCUGUAUGAGUAUUCUCCUCUCUUUUACAUUACUGUCAUAGCAGUAUGUUUCAGUAUCACUGUGGCUGUUGUGUUGGGCUGGUUUGGAUUUGAAGUCCCGGUCAUUUUACGCAGUCCAGAUGAGACUGGAUCUCUCAUACCUGUCAAUGAGAGGAAGAUGGUGCAGGUGACCAACCCCUUCGCUCUGGAGAUGGGCUCUGCGGCUGCUGGGACAGUCACUGAGGGUGUGAGUUUGUGGCCGUAUUGUCUUGAAGACAGCGUCCUGAGCUGUUUUUGGGGCAGUGGGGUCCAGGCUCUCCAGGCGGCCCUUCAGAGUCACCAGUGUGGGCUCCGGCUCCCCACACCAGAGCGGUUUCAAGAGGCUCUGGAAUUAAACUACUACCACCAUCAAAGCUUCAAGUAUCAUAAAGAAGAAAAAGAAGAAUACUUCACUCAGAUGCCGCCAGAUCUCAGAAUGACCCAUUUUGGGCUGCUUCCCCGGGAUCGAUACCCCUUGGUGGCUGUGCUCACACUUGCCAAUCCAGAAACCAGGGACAACUACAAUAUUGUGGCCAGUGUGACAGUGUUCCACGUUCCUGAUGACAAAUACAGACUCUCUGCGAGGAUCCUGUUUUAAUAUCUUCUCACGGCACAUGGGAAUUUGUACGACCUGAAGCCUCUCUUCAUGUCAGCAGACAACAGCAACUUGUCUGGAACCACAGAGCCUUCAACUAGCACUCAAGAGGCGGAGCCACAGCCCGAAAGGCCAGGUGAGAAGUGGGAGGAGUCUGAUGCAGAAGGGGAGUGGCCUGAUGCUCAAGGCAGAGAUUGUGUGGUGUGUCAAAAUGCACCAAUAAACAGAGUGCUGUUGCCAUGCAGACAUGCAUGCGUAUGCGACGGCUGUGUGUACCACUUCCAGCACUGUCCGAUCUGCCGGGCAUUUGUCCUCGAAUCUUUUGCUCUGGCUAACCGACCAGCUCGUGAUGACGAAGAGGAGGAGGACUUAACAGAAGACUAAGCCUGUGUAAACUCAGUAUUAAAAGCAAGCCUUUGCUGCCAAAGCUAAACUAGAAAAGGAAACAUAGCAUCUUCAAGAUUAAGAGAUGCACGCAGCUGACCUUUAACCCCCAGUAUGGACACUUCUAGAAUGAUGUCAGUUUUAGGCUUUUGAAGUUGAGUGUACUUGUAUAUAGAGAUUUUAAGUUGAAUAGAAUAUUUAUUUAUUUUCGUCAAUGUAUUGGUUAAACUAGCAAAUAUACAUUUCAGAAGGAA